AUGGGUCACCAAGAACUCUCCAGGAGCCCUCUGAGGGAAUUUGGCCAGGGUUCUUGUUCUUGCUGCAUCUGCUCAAACCGACAUAGACUGAUCCAUAUAUGUGGCCUCAAUAUGUGCCACCAAUGUUUCCAUCAGUACGUGAUAAAUAUAGGCUUCAUUACGUUGGAUAAGUGAACUUCCUCGAAUGGGUCAUCCAAGAUAACCACCUUAAUGGCAGAUAUCUAAGAUACCUACCUUAAUGCCAAC